CAUGAAAAUCUGCAGAGCUUUGUUGAUGUAAUUUCCCAGUAAACAUAAAAAUAUAUCUUUGAUUUGGUUGAUAAAGUAUUUAAACCCGGCGGUUAUCUGGAUGGUUUUAUUUAUUCGUCCCUCUGGAGUCUAGAGGGCCACAUAAAAGGGCUGAAAGGACUAAUAGUAAUAAUCGUGAUUAAUUGCUUAUUGAAACAAUCAACUAAAUUAGUAAUCGAUUAAUCAUUAACUGGAGAAUAAAGACUCAAAAAGCCAUUUGGGGAGAAAAAGACACAACAUAUUCAGAGCAUGUGAGUUUUGGGUAAGUUUUAAUUUCACGUGGUUUGAAUUCUGGAAAAAAAACAAAACUUUUUGAAUUAUAAACCACUUAAUACAAAAAUAGUCACUAGAUUAGCUGAGCAACGUGCUGAUCCCAGUUCAGUCAGAAAAGAGCUUUUCACAAGUUCAUGUCAAGUGUUCACUAAAGGAAUGCCAAUGUUGGGUUUUAGGUAAUUAAAUGUUUUAUUAUUUAAAAAAGGAACUGAAUUAUUCCUUUAUUUGCAUUUUUAAUGUAUUUCUAACAUUGUAUGAAAAAUCUGCAGAAUGUGGCCAUUUUCAACCGAUCAAUCGUCAGAAUAAUUGAUUAAUCCAUAGCUAAAAUAACAGUUGCAGCCCUGCUUUGAUUAUUCAUUAUAUUAAAUAGUUUAACUAUUUUAUUGUGCUUCCUCUGUAAGUGUCUUUAUUUACAAAAAUGUAGCUUAUUUAGUCUGUUUGGCAUGUUUAGUUCACCUUAAAUGGUGGAAACCAGCAGCGAUGAAACUGAGUUGAGUUUUUCAGGACAACAGAUUCCACAGUGACGACGUGAACCUGCAUCGCUGCUGUUUACGGUGGAACGUAGAAUAAUGAUAUGCAACGUGUUUCUUUAACAAGCAGGUCGGCAGUGAAGGCGGCCAUGUUUCACCGCUCCUGUAUGAAGCAGUAGACAGACGCUGCUCCGCUGCUGCAGCUGUUCUCGGGGAACCAUGUCGGCUCCUUGGCCUGGUACACGGCUGUUGCCACGAUGCUGUGAACGGAUAGAAGAUGAAAAUCCUCAAGAAGGACAAGCAGCAGGUGGCGCGCCGUCUGUCCCUCAGGAAACUGCUGAGCGGCGGCCAGGCCAUCGAGCUGCUGGCACAGGACGGCGACAGUAAGAGGUUCUGCUUCAGGACGCCGAUGGGACAAACGCCCGACUGCUUCUUCUCCUUCGCCGGGCUGCGGAACCAGGUCACCUUGCUGAUCCAGAAGCAGGAAGUCGAGGAAGGCGUAGAGGAAGGAACGGUGCUGUCGUGUGUGAACGACAUCGCCGCCGCCACGCAGCACAUGGGGAAGAGGACGCACCGGGCCGUCCUGUUCUGCAGAGCCAACCGACUGCUGCCAUCACAAAACCCGACGCUGGUGUUGUCUGGAGGCGUUGCCAGCAACCAGUACAUCUGUAAAGCUCUGGCGGUCGUCGCCAAGGCGACCGGGUUGCAGCUGCUCUGCCCUCCGGCCCGGUUCUGCACCCACAACGGAGCGAUGGUCGCCUGGAACAGAGUGGAGCGUCUGAGGGAAGGAACCGGGAUCCUGGCGCCGGAGGUGGAGGUCAGCUACGAGCCCAGAGCUCCGCUGGGCGUGGACAUCACAGCCGAGGUGAGGGACGCCGCCAUCAGGCCGCCGCCCAUCCGGAUCAAGAUCCCAGCCUGACCGGCAGAACUCCCUCUGUCCAAACUGUGCAGAUAUGAGAUGUUUAUUUAUUAAUAAAGUAUUUUAAUAUGAA